GGCUGGUCCCACCAACCCGCACCGCCACAACAGCUGGGGGAGGAUUUCCGACCCAGUCACAGCGAAGAUGGUAGCAGCGACAGGAGCGGAGAUAUUACAUUCUCCCGGAUAAGACGGAAACCCAACCGCAAAAAACACCCGCUGAAGGUCUGUUUCUAUUUAGCCCCCAACUCCAGCAGAGAGCUGUAUUAGGGGGGAAAGGGAGGCAACCAGCGGCGGACGGAAGAGGACGCACCACAGCCAGAGCGCACAGUGUUGUGUUUGUUGGACACAUGCAUGCCAGCGAAAACUAGUGCUAUCCAGACCUAAGGAAUUGCUUAAGAUAAGGAUUGUGUCGAUUUUUGAUAAUCCCACCGAAGAAAUAUACAAGAGUUUUCCAUUAUUGCCCAAGGGAUUUUCUACUUCUUUGCUCAUGGGGGAAUGCGAGGGGAGGAAAUCCAGCCUCAGCUCCAAAUAACCAGAGACUCCUAACUGGGUCUCCUCUCCAAACGCAGGAAAUACGGCCUUGAAAAAAAAGUUUGGGAGCUUUUGGAAACUAGAGGGGGCCUAUCGGUGACGUUUUGCAUGCGUUUUACGACGUGAUUUUAAGUACUACCUUUAUUUGUACUAAGCGCUCCUGUGAUUACACAGAUUAAGUUGAAGAAACGCGUUCAGAUGUUAAGCGCCGUUGGUGUUGUUAUUGUAAGAGUUUUGAUCAUCACUAUUUAUAGACCAGGCUGUUCCGACCGGGGCUGUUCCUCGUAGCUGUAUAUUUUGCCAACUGCGCGCAACAAGUUGCAGACACUCCCAGCAGAGGCAAACCGACACUAAUUUGGGCCAGCGGAUGGUAUUUUCUGCGCUUCUCUUUUCGGAUUUUGCGUCUUUGAAUAGCGCAUACCCCUCCCCGACCCCCUCUUUUUAAGGCAGAGGGGGAAUAUACGGUGGAGAUCCGGAGAGGGAGUUCAGGAAAGGACGGGGCUGGAUCCGUGGGAAUAGGCCUGCCUGUCAGGCCUCUUAUGAUCUGGAUCUUGGACUGGACAGGACUCCAAAAUAACCCAGUCUGGAAUAUUUUCAAGGGCCAGCUGGAAUAAAGAUGGAAGGAGAAUGUACGGGAAUAAGAAAUGCAAAUCCUUAAAACACUGAGCCAUGCAUGAGAGGGGGUGCAGAGGAAGGUAAAGCUGCCAAAAUAACAGAUCGCUCACUUUUUAAUUUACGGAAUAAAUAGUUUGUCCACGUUUUAGGACAACAUUUAUUUUCAGCCUGUGUAGAACAAACUACUUUCUGUGUAAAACUAAGAAGGGUUUUUUUUGUUUGUUUUUUUUUUUUUAAAAAAAGGUUUGAAGUUUUUGAAAAAUAACUUUUUUAUUGAAGAUUUAAUGCUUUAUGAUGACAGAAUUCAUAACGUCCACACAUUUUUAUUUCAGCACUAAUCGCUGUUCAUGACGACAAGACUUUUUGACUGUUUUUACAAGAGGAAAGGAAGUGCGAAUGGGCCAUUUGUCGCGCAUGUUGUGGAGAUAAGAGGGACAGCGUAACUUUUGUAGUCACUUGCUGUGCACAACGCCAACUGUGUACAGCCUCCAUCUGCAUCUGCUCACACAAUGAAGCCCUAGACCUGAACGCAGUUUUUCAACGCAAACAACGUUGUUUGGGAAUUAGGAAAAUCUGGGCAUUUUCCUGAAGCUUCCUGACUUUGUAAUGUCAGCGGUAUUGAAAUAUUGCGCACAUCCAGAGGAGGUCAUUUCCAGUCAUGUAACGUCAGGACUGACUUGAUGAAGGCAUAAAAAAAACCGUUGCAUCACAAACCAGUCCUUUCCCAGAAGGAUGUUCAGUUCAGGAGGCAGAAAGAGUGAUGACAGUGUUUUUACCGCAGCUGGAGAGAAAGCCGGGCUCAAACCCAGAGCCUCUUUGGAGAAGGAUACAUGUAAUGUGAGUACUGACGCAAACCCGGGGUCGGAUAAUGAACUGCUCAAGAAACUGGAACGGCGCGUCUUGUGUGAGUGAGUGUGCAGGCUGCUGUGUGCGUAGUAAAGACGUCUGUGCCGUGCUCACCAUUCAUGCAGUGUGAUUAUUCCAACAAACACCUCUGCUCUCUCUCCCACUCUGCCUGCCUGCCUGCCUGACAUUCUCCCGCCGCCCUCUCCUCCCUUCUCUUCUCCGUGCCACAUGUGCGCACACACGUCGCCCACGCACCGAGUCUAAUUGCCCGAGCGCCAUCAGACGAUAAUAUUAAUAUUAAACACCUCUCCUAUACCCCCCCCCCCCCCCCCCGAACCGCCCCCCUUUUCCUCGUCACACCAGUCAAUAUGGCCACUCUGCAACAUCACCGGCAGCUUCUCUUGCAUGGCACGGAAGUGAGCUGCGACUCCAGCGGGGAUGGCGCCGUGACCGUGCGGAUUACCAACAGCGCGCCACACGUGCAUCAACAUGAGCCACAGGCUGCCAAGAGUGGAGCGGGAGGAGCUGGAGGCUGUGGGGCUCCGAGUAAAACGAAUCCUAACCUCCACAAAUACAGUAUCUCUUCCAGCUGCAGCUCAGCAGACUCCAGACCGGCUGCGACCUCCACUUCCAGGGUGCAUAGGAAGGCACCGCCGCUGUUUGAACGCUCUGCUGCUCAGUGCUGGGACCCAAAGUUUGAUUCUCCCAUCUUGGAAGAGGCGUGCCAAGAGAGGUGUUUUCCUCAGACACAGCGGCGUUUUCGUUAUGUUCUAUUCUACCUGGCAGUGGCAGCUGUACUUUGGGGGGUGUACUUUGGGGUCAAUAGUAACCGCUGCAAGCCCAUGACCUUCCUUGCCCCCACAGCCUCUUUUUUAGUCCUCCUAGUGCUCCUCUUUUUCUUCACUUUCACCAAGCCCUAUACUUGGCUGUACAACCAAACCUCCUUGCUCUUGAUUGCAGUCACCUUUGCCAUCACCUUAGCUCCACAGAUACAGACUGCUGGCUACACUGAGCUGGAGUGGGCAGGUGGUGGGAAUGCCUCACAUCUCUCAGACAAACUAGCUCCAACUCCAACCACGUGCAUCUCCCCUGUGGGCACAUUUUCCCUGUGCAUGGAGGUUCUGUUGUUGUUAUACAGUGUCCUCCAUGUCCGACUGUAUGCCUCGGUGAUGCUGGGGCUCCUGUAUUCUAUAUUAUUUGAGGCAUUAGAAUGCUUACCACUGCUUCAAAGGAGUUACGAAUGGGGGACAAGAUUAGGGGAUUCAGGUUCUGAUUGGGAAGGAGACACCCUCCGCUGGCUGGGCCCAGCCAAAGCUCUGCUCCACUUGUGCGCCCAUGUCAUUGGCAUCCACCUGUUUAUCAUGUCGGAGGUGCGUUCCCGCAGCACCUUCCUGAAAGUGGGCCAAGCUAUCAUGCAUGGCAAAGACUUAGAGGUGGAGAAGGCCUUGAAGGAGCGGAUGAUCCACUCAGUCAUGCCACGGCGAGUUGCUGAUGAACUGAUGAAGCAAGGCGAUGAUGAGGGCUGUGGCGAGAGCUCUGGCAAGCGUUAUUCCUCUGGUGCCUGCUCUGCCUCAGCUCUCUCAGUGGGUGGUGGAGGAAGUGGUGGAGCUUCGCAAGCCCAAAGUGCCACAAAUCCCAAGAAUCACCCUCACAACAACCACAAACGCAAGAAGACCUCCAUCCCCCGUGGACAGAUAAUCUUCCGGCCCUUCAACAUGAAACGCAUGGAGCCUGUUAGUAUCCUCUUUGCAGACAUCGUGGGUUUCACCAAAAUGUCUGCCAAUAAGUCAGCACCGGCCUUGGUAGGCCUUCUCAAUGAUCUGUUUGGACGUUUUGAUCGACUCUGUGAACUAACCUGUUGUGAGAAGAUCAGCACUCUGGGAGAUUGCUACUACUGUGUAGCUGGCUGCCCUGAGCCUAGACCGGACCACGCCUACUGCUGUGUAGAGAUGGGCUUGGGCAUGAUCCAGGCCAUCGAGCAGUUCUGCCAGGAGACUUGUGAGACGGUCAGCAUGCGUGUUGGUGUCCACACGGGCACAGUCCUGUGUGGGAUCCUGGGAAUAAAGCGCUUCAAGUUCGAUGUAUGGUCAAAUGAUGUCAAUCUGGCUAACUUGAUGGAACAGCUAGGUGUGGCGGGCAAAGUCCACCUUUCAGAAGCUACUGCCCGAUUCCUGGAUGACCAUUAUCAGAGGGAGGAUGGGCGAGUGGCAGAGAGAGCCGGGCAGAGUGUGGUAGAGAAACUGAAGGGGCUGAAAACCUACCUGAUCUCAGGAAGGAAGCUGGAGCAUGAUGUGCAGUGUGGCUGCUCUCAGGUGGGGCUGUCAGGUGGAGAUUUUGUCGGGGUGAGCUUGUCCUCCUGUUCUCAGCCCCAUACACCGGACCUCAUCCCUGGGGGAGCACAGGCUGCCGAACCCCUGCUGCUCCACCAGCCACCGGACAGGAUCGUGCCUCCCUGCGUGUCCCGAAAUGUGGUCUUGUCUUCAGGGGCAGAGCAGGGUGAGGAUGUGGCUGUGCUGAAUGGCUGCCAGGAGGAGCACAAGUCCAGCAGUGCCAAGUUCAUUCCAGGUCACAGUCCCAGGGCAGCCAACGGUCUCCUGAGUCCCCCUCUGGAAGACCCGGUGCGAGCUAGCCAGAGCUCCCUGUGCGACAUGCUCCAGGAGAAAGAAAAGAAGACCAGUACCAGCACAGGGACUGGUACCAGCCUCGGCAUGGCUGGUGGCACAGGGGCAACGGGCACGGGGAUGGACCACUCUGCCUUGAUCCAGCUGCGUGCCAAGAACUUCAGAGAAAAGAGUGACGCCCACUUUGUGGAUGUUAUCAGGGAGGACAGUCUGAUGAAGGACUACUUCUUCAAGCCACCCAUCAAUAAGAUCAGCCUCAAUUUCCUAGAGAGACCUCUGGAAAAGGCCUAUCGCAGCAGCUACAAGGAGGAGGUGAAGAACCAGGUUCAGGUGCAGACAUUUGCGAGUUCUACCUUCAGCUCCUUCCUGGAUGUUCUCCUCAGCUGUUUUGUCUUCUUGGCCCUGACACUGGCCUGCUUCCUUCCACCUUUGGUGAGCCCAGCUACCGUGAGUGCUCCAGCUCCUGCUGCCCUGGCCCUGGCUCCUCUGGCUGGUCUGUUGGAGCUGGCCUCCCUGGUGCUGUCCAUACGUAUGGCCUUCUAUCUAGAUGAGGUGAUGAACUGUACCCGCUCCCUGCUCCUGGUGGUCUCUGGAUGGGUCCCUCGUCACGUGAUUGGGGCUGUUUUAGUUUCCCUUCCUGCCAUCUCUGUCUUGUCCCACCUCACCUGCAGCGUCCACUUGCCCCUCCAGGUGACCAUGUUCUUGUGUUGUGCCACCAUCCUGGCCAUCAUCCAGUAUUGUAACUUCUGUCAGCUGAGCUUCUGGAUGCGCUCAGUCCUGGCCACUGCUACAGGGGUAGCCCUGCUGCUGCUGUUGUACAGCCCCUUACACAGCUCCGGUAAUAACAGCUUGCCGGGUCAUGGACUGAACAUCUCCACAUCCCAUGAUGGUGGUUCAGCAUUGGCCACUCCUAGCCCUGACCCUUCUCCUCGACCUCUCGACCUUCUGGUCCCAGAGGUCGUGCUGGCCUUCUUUCUGCUUCUUCUCCUGGUCUGGUUCCUCAAUCGUGAAUUCGAGGUCAGCUACCGUCUCCAUUACCAUGGCAACGUAGAGGCUGACAAACACCGCUCCAAGAUCCAGACAAUGCGAGACCAGGCUGAGUGGUUACUGGGCAACAUCAUCCCCAUCCAUGUUGCUGAUCAGCUCAAGGUGACCCAGAGCUACUCCAAGAACCAUGACAACGUGGGUGUGAUCUUUGCCAGUAUCGUAAACUUCAGUGAAUUCUAUGAAGAGAGCUACGAGGGCGGGAAAGAGUGCUACCGUGUCCUCAACGAGCUAAUUGGAGACUUUGAUGAGCUCCUUCGCAAACAUGAAUUCAAAAGCGUGGAAAAAAUCAAGACAAUCGGUGCCACCUACAUGGCAGCAUCGGGACUGAAUGUCCAGCAGCUGGCUGAGAAUGAUGAGGACUCUCCACACGCUCACCUGAGAGCACUUUUCAACUUUGCCCUGGAGAUGAUGGGCGUCCUGGACGACUUCAACAAGAACAUGCUGGGUUUUGGUUUCAAGCUCCGUAUUGGAUUUAACCACGGACCGCUGACAGCGGGGGUGAUCGGCACCACUAAGCUGCUCUAUGACAUCUGGGGAGACACUGUCAACAUUGCGAGUCGCAUGGACUCCACUGGCGUGGAGUGUCGGGUGCAGGUGAGCGAGGAGAGCCACGCUGUGCUCAGUGCCAUGGGCUUGGAGUUUGACUAUAGAGGUACAGUGAAUGUUAAGGGCAAAGGUCAAAUGAGGACCUUUCUGUACCCCAGAAGUGGGGAAAGUAUAUAUCAAGAUCGAACGGAGCUGGACGCCGUCGUUGGACCCUUGCCCAUGACAUCAAUAGCCAAUAAGACUUCAGGAGCUGUUGGCCAGCUAGCAGCUCUCCCUCCCUCUUCUUCCUUUUCCCCCACUCCUCUUCCUCCUUCCUCCUCUUUUUCUACGGUCUCUCCUCAACCGCAAAGUGCUGUGAGGCUUUCAAGAGCAGGGCCUGAGCAUGUCCAAGCUAAGUCCACAGAGUUGAGAGAGGAAGGAUAUAGGGACGCUCCACACCUCCCUGGGCAGCCCCCUGCAACAGAUCUUCACCAUCCUCCCCACUCUAAACUAGGCCCAGAACCUAGUGCUGCACAGGUGCCCUCCCUGGUGCAGCAUGCUCCUCUCGCACUUCAAGAAGAGGAGACUGAAGAGGAGGAGGCCAAUGAGCUAACAAAACUCAAUGAAGAGUUUUAUGCUCGUCUCUGAUCUCUCCUCUCCUCUGUCCCCCUGCUGCCCCAGCUACUCCCUCUCCAAGACUGACUGCAGGCAUGGCCAUGUUGUUGCUCCCUUUAGGCAAGGGUGAAGUGUGUUAAGCAUGGAUAAAGAAGAAGUGUGUGUGGAGUGUGUCACUCCAACACAAACAGUGGCUAUAAAAGUGGUUACUCAUGCCUUUCGUGGAAGGGGCUAGACCUGUGUUGCGCACAGCAGUGUAUUGCGGAGAAGGCUUAAAGGGGUUCAGAGAGAAGGAAGUGUUCUUGUUGUUUUUUCUUAUUCAUUUUUGUUAUUAAGUGCCUUCAGGACUAGAACAGUGAAAGAACAAAUAUGAAUACUGAACAAAGUUUAAACAAUCAUAAACUACAGAACAUGCUGUGGUUUCUUACUCCAUGCUUUUAUUUUCAAUGCAAGUAUUUGUUUAAAACAAUCAUUAUUGUUGUGCCAUAUCAUUUGUUUUAACUUGAUCAAAGUCUUGACCUUAAGGGAAAAUAAUUUUAGAUUCUAUAUAAGUGCCAGUGCAGCAUGAUGGUCUGAGCAGGGAACUAUGGGAAGAAUGAGGGAAUCACAUGAAGCAGUGUUAAUUUAUGUAUUCUGCUUUGACAUGAGGGCUUGAUACAGUAUUCAUUUGUGCUACAGUCUCGGUAAAAGGGGACAUGCUGCAAAGCAGGCUGCCUAGAUUUUAGUUUGUGUAGCAGCUAAAUGCACAUUUUAAGCACAGGUCUUGCACAGUGUUUUCUCGACCACUUGUAUUUGGUAGUUAUUACCGUGAAAUAACUUUCUUUCUUUUUUUUUUUUUUUUUUUUUUUAGAAAGUUUAAACAGAGCUCUUAUCUGUCACAACAAGCACAAUCAAAAGCACAAAUCAAUAAGGGAAUUUAGAUAGUAAAGGAGGAUUUAAAAAGUGAGAUCAUUGCAAAAGCAGGAAGGCACUUUAAAUAUGCUUAAAGUGAUACUCCACCCAAGUCCUCAGUCCUUUGUCCUGAGUGUGAAACCUGUAGACCUGACACACGUGUAAAAAGGAAUCAGACUGAACUGAUGCUGGAUUCAACAGAAACUUCUGCAACCAAUCCUACAGCAUAACCCACUUCUGUGCUGUCCUGUUUCCUCACUUGCCUAUAUUUUAUAUUUUUGUUAUUUAUGAAUCUGGUGAAACCAAUCAAAACCAACAGUGUGUUAGUCAGUUUACAUGCAUUUGUUUCAUUCUAGGAAAUGGGGGGUUGUGGUUCAUGGUUGUACCUUAACCCCUAAGCCAAAAUGGGGUGCCAUGCUGGCUUAGUGGUUAAGGUGGACACUGUAUUUUGUUGCAAAUGUAUAUCAUACAGGAGUAAACAGUGCAUUUGUGGGGACUAUUUUCAGUGGCUGGUUUGAUGCGCUUGCGAGUAUUUCCAACAGCAGGACAGUGUAUGUGGGAUUGACUAUUGCCUAUAAAAUGUUGUAAUGAAGGAACAUGUUAGCCAGUGCAGUGAAGUGAUUCACUAAUGAUUUUAGUAGUUUUUGGACAACAGUGAAGCUCUACAGAACAGACAAAUGACAUAUAUGAGGUGUUUGCUACACAGACAAUAGUUGUUAGUUGGACUGUUUCAUCGCUUGUUUUGGUAUUUUCAUCACAUUUGUCAACAGUAAGUAAACUACACCAGACUAUACUGUAAAACCUGCAGUGGCCGAGACACUGAGACUCUAAAGAUUUUGAGUGGAGUAUCACUUGAAGUGGGACUGUGAGGGACAAUCACUGUGUAGUUCUUGAUCGAUAAUGGGGUGGUCCACAUUGCUGUUGGUGAAAGUGUCAAAGCACAGAUCAACUACAGUUUCUACAGUACUGUGUGUCAAACCUCAAACUCAAAUGUUGUGAUGAUCCAUCCGUUGCCUUCGUUGCCAGAAGAAAAAACAACCAUUGGUCAGUCCAUCUUUGUAGAUUCAUUCAACAGUUAUGUCUGCCUUUAGCUGUGUGAUUUGCUGUUGCAGGGGUGGGACGUUUAACUUUAUCCUGUCACAGCCUUUAUAAGCAGGGGGCCCUCUACUGUAUCAAUAAACUUAAAUUGUGCCACUUUAAUUGAGUGAUCUAUAGGUGCAGUGCAACCUAAACUAGCUGAUUGUGUUGUGGUGCCUAUAAGUAUGACUGUAUUUUUUGAGUAUUUUGGUUUUCAGAAAGUUUUUUUUUCUAUCAUGCUGUUUUCAUAAUGAGGAUAGAUUAUGAUUGUAUGUAUGAGGAAAUUGUGUGGACGUUUUGCUGCAGUUGCAAAUUCUGUCUUUUUUUUCUUUCUUUUUGCUCUUUUUCCAGCUCUUUCAUUCUGUCAUUAACCAGUCACCUGGGAUAGUGUGGUGGUGUUCUCAUUGAAUAGCUGGACACUGACUCCAUCUGUAGUUCUCUUUGUUCUUUACUCCUGAAAGCACUUGUUUCCCUCCUUGUACGUUGCGCGUGUGUGUUUGUAUGUAUGUAAGGAAGAUAUUUAAUUUUUACUCCAGUUGGAUAACAGGAGAAAGAUCACUGCAAUAUGAUGCGAAAGGAAAUCAAUUAUGAGGCCAUUGCUGCCAUAUCAGUAUAGGAAUUACAUGCACAAAUCUACAUUCUUUAAAAUGGAGGGGAAAAAAGCCCUGAAGUUUCAAAUCUGUGUGCAAACACAUACCACAACCAUAUCUUGUAAGGACAAAAAAAAAAAAAAAGGGGGAACAUCUCUAUUUAUGUGGUCGUUUUCAUUUAUAACAUAAAAAACAUCUGUUUUUUAACGUCUCACCUCUGCCAUCGUGCAACAUAGACAACCAGUGCCUUCCGAAUUACGAAUAUGUUCAACGGGCUGUGAUUAUUUGUAAGAAAUGAUCACGAUAUGUCUAGCAGUAUAAGGUCUUUUUAAAAUCCAAAGAGGUUUUGAAGGCUGUGAUGGCUAAAAACUUUUCUAACAGGCACAUCUCUUGUUGUCUUCUUGUGACACACAUUCUCAUCAUGAUCAAGUUUACCAAACCAAAUGAACCAUAUCACAGGUCAAUAUCAAUAUCAGGUAGCAGUUUUGAAGGAAAGUUCUUGUUUUUUUUUCCCCCUACAUUUUCCAGAUUACCUGUCUGCCUCAUGCUGUUAGGUAAACCAUGAUGACUUUUCAGGCCACAUCACUGUGGCACUGGCAUGUGCAACAAUAAAACAAACUAGCCAUAGUUGAUUUUGAAGCGUGGGAAUCCACAGGUUGAUGGGCAUAGAACCGCUCCAGUAGCGCACAUCUGUAUUCACGUAUAAAUAAAAUAUUAAACUGAACAGUGCCGGCUCUGUGAUCUCUGAUACAGUGGGGAUAGGAGUGUUUAUUAUCUUGUUUGCAUGGGAAUGAAUGAGCAACUUUCUUCUUUGCUAGACACACUACACUUUUAGCUUGAAUUCUGCACCAUACUACCAUCUUUUUAUUUCAUUUCAGUAUCGUUCUUUUUUAAGCAUUUGUUGCCAACACGCAGGAUUCUUCAAAUCACCAAGCUUUGCAGAUCUAAGAUUGUUCUUCUCUGACAGGGUACUGAUGGAUGAUUUGCUUAUGACAAGGUUUGGCAGAGGAGUGUCCCAAGAAGCCAAGUGCUGCAGUUAAACAAUGCAAUCAAGAAAACAACCAAGUGCAUUGAAGAGAUUUUUAAGACCUUUUUUGUUGAAGAAGUGUAAUUCUGCUUUGUGAAAGAAAAAUAAGGACGAGGCAUAAAGGCAUGGAGUGUUUUAGUAGCACUUGCUAAAAUCACCGUGGUAAAAAAGCAUCACCUAAUCAUUCAUUUAAAUGGUGACAGCUCCACAUCUUUUCAUUUUAAAUUUUCUAGUAACUUCAACCCUUAUGUGUUCUUUAUUACACUGGGACAAAAAUGAGACAGAGUUGUUUGAUUUAAAAAAAUCUUUGUAUUCAUUUUAUGUUCAUGAAUGAGAUGUAUUAUGUAUGUUUUGUGCACAUUACCCAUGUAUCAUUUAUCAACACAUGAUCGUAAUCUGUACACAUUUGCACAAAGCACUCAGUGUUUGUACAUAUGCAGUUAUUUUAUGUCACAUAUGAUUUUUUUAUACAUGUGCAUGUGUCAGAUUUUGCCAGAAAACAAUGAAAAAUUGACACAUAUUAACAAAUUGAUUCAAUGUGUGUCUAUCUGAGUAAGUGUGAAUGUUAUGAUUUUAUUACUCUUUUUUUCCAGUGUGAGAGAAAUAAAUCUCCAUGCAGUUGAGUGCACUCUGACAUA